AGGAAACACAAAGCGAAAGGCCAACAGCAAAUGGAGAGAGGGCGCACGGAUAGCUGACGCGGCAAAACAUUUUUGAAAUCCCGCCUAAACCCAAACUUCAAUUUUUUUUCGUUAGUCGAAAUUCAAUUUUGCCCCUUCUUAUUUUUUUUAGGCUGCACGAGGCCCCUCUUCUUAUCCCUCUCACUCCUCUCGCAAAUUUCACACACGCACCGCACCAAACAAAGCGCAUUCUCUCUUUCUCUCUGCGUCUUCGUCUUAUCUUCGAAAACCCUAGCCUUCCACCAAAGGUUCGUUCGCCAUGGGUAAAGCCAGAGCAGCUGCUCCCAAACGAACCGAUACGAAGUUGAAGAGUAAGAGUGCUGGAGCAAGCAAGAAGCCAGCGAAGAAAGCUGGAAAGGAUCCAAACAAGCCUAAGAGGCCUGCUAGUGCUUUCUUUGUUUUCAUGGAGGACUUCAGAGAGAAGUACAAGAAAGAGCAUCCAAACAACAAAUCGGUUGCCGCUGUUGGAAAAGCUGGAGGUGAUAAAUGGAAGUCGUUGUCAGAAGCUGAAAAGGCUCCCUAUGUAGCCAAGGCAGAGAAGAGGAAGGUUGAAUACAACAAGAACAUUCAAGCCUACAACAAGAGAUUAGCUGAGGGCCCAAAUGGAGCUGAUGAGGAAGAGUCUGACAAGUCCAAGUCUGAAGUUAAUGAUGAUGAUGAAGACGAGGACGAGAGCGGAGAGGAGGAAGAUGAUGAUGAGUAGAUUGAAGGGGUAACAGGAAGUGUGGAGGAGAAGAAGCAAUAUUGUGUAGGAUUGCUUAGAAGAUGUUGAUUGACCUACAUUUCUGAUUUUCGCUGCUCUUUGUCUCUCAUGGAUAAAUAGCUCUCUACCUUGUUUUAGGAUUUAGAUUAGGAAAAACAAAAAGACCCUAAAAGGGAUUAAGUUUCAGGGAUUCUUCUACCUGACUGAUUCCCAUAUCGUUCUGUACUUAAUGAUCCUUCUUAUGUUCAAUUAUUUUCAGUUUGCUUUUUAUCAUAUGGUGCCUUUCAUUGA